AUGGUGUACGUGAGCUCGAAAGCGGACCUGAAGCGAAGGGAGAUACAGAAGAAAAAAGCCAAGUCUGGAGGGUUCGAGUCUCUGAAUCUAAGCCCCAAUGUCUUCAGAGGAGUCAAGCGCAAGGGCUAUAGAGUCCCCACUCCCAUUCAGCGCAAGACCAUGCCCCUUAUUCUUGCUGGAAACGACGUCGUUGCCAUGGCCAGAACUGGUUCCGGCAAGACGGCCGCGUUUUUGAUCCCAAUGCUCGAGCGGUUGAAGGAGCACGUGCCUCAGGGUGGUGUUAGGGCGCUCAUUCUCUCCCCCACCAGAGACUUGGCCUUACAGACUCACAAGUUUACCAAAGAGCUUGGCCAUUUCAUGGAUGUUCGAAUUAGUUUACUAGUUGGUGGUGAUAGCAUGGAAACUCAGUUUGAAGAAUUAGCCCAAAACCCUGAUAUUAUAAUUGCAACACCCGGUAGGCUGAUGCACCACUUAGCUGAAGUUGAUGACAUGUCACUUAGGACUGUGGAGUUUGUUGUUUUUGAUGAAGCGGAUUGCCUCUUUGGCAUGGGUUUUGCGGAGCAGCUGCAUAAAAUCCUUGGGCAGCUGAGUGAGAACCGUCAGACCCUGCUUUUUAGUGCAACAUUACCCAGUGCUCUUGCAGAGUUUGCCAAGGCUGGUCUGCAAGACCCUCGGCUUGUGCGGCUUGAUUUGGAUACUAAGAUUAGCCCUGACUUGAAGCUUAUGUUUUUCACCGUGCGACAGGAAGAAAAGCAUGCAGCAAUACUUUAUUUGAUAAGGGAGCACAUUAAAUCUGGUGAGCAGACAUUGAUUUUUGUUUCUACAAAACAUCAUGUGGAGUUCCUGAAUAUCUUGUUUAGAGAAGAGGGCAUCGAGCCUUCUGUAUGUUAUGGUGACAUGGAUCACGAUGCUCGCAAAAUUCAUGUAUCAAGGUUUAGGGCGAGAAAGACUAUGCUGUUAAUUGUCACUGAUGUUGCAGCUAGGGGAAUUGACAUUCCGUUGCUUGACAAUGUCAUCAAUUGGGACUUCCCCCCAAAGCCUAAACUUUUUGUCCAUCGAGUAGGCCGAGCUGCAAGGGCUGGUCGGACUGGUACUGCAUUCUCUCUUGUGACAUCUGAAGAUAUGCCCAACCUUUUAGAUCUUCAUCUGUUUCUUUCAAAACCAAUUAGGGCUGCACCUACCGAAGAGGAGGUUUUACAGGAUAUGGAUGGAAUGAUGUCCAAGAUUGAUCAAGCAGUUGCAAAUGGAGAAACUGUUUACGGGCGUUUCCCCCAAACAGUUAUUGAUCUUGUUUCGGAUAGGGUUAGAGAGAUAAUUGAUUCUUCUUCAGAACUCACUUUAAUGCUGAAAACAUGUGCCAAUGCAUUCCGCUUGUAUUCAAAGACAAAACCCUCACCUUCAAAGGAGUCUGUUAGAAGAGCAAAAGAUUUACCUCGUGAAGGGUUGCAUCCAAUUUUUAAAAAUGUACUGGAUGGUGGAGAGUUGAAGGCAUUGGCAUUUUCUGAGCGGUUGAAGACAUUCAGACCCAAGCAGACCAUUCUAGAAACUGAAGGUGAAGCUGCUAAAUCAAAGAAUCUGAAGCAACGUUCUGAUAAUCAUGCGGAAAAGGGAGUUGAAUAUGAGAUUACUCCUUCAAAGGCAAAGGAGAAGAAAGUAUCAGGCUCUAAAAGAAAGGCAAGGAGCUUUAAGGAUGAGGAGUACUUUAUAAGUUCGGUACCAACAAAUCAUCAUGCAGAAGCAGGACUCUCAGUAAGAGGAAAGGGUGAUUUUGACUCAAAUAGGUUGGAAGCUGCUGUUCUAGAUCUAGUUGCAGAUGAUAAUGCGGGCAUGAAGAAACAGAAAUCUGUAUUUCAUUGGGAUAAGAGGGGGAAAAAGUACAUAAAGUUAAAUAAUGGCGACCGUGUGACAGCUAGUGGCAAGAUAAAGACAGAGAGUGGCGCAAAAGCAAAACUUGAGAAAACUGGGAUAUACAAGAGGUGGAAAGAACGUUCUCACAAUAAAGUAUCUCUCAAAGGAAUUAAUGAAGGGAAUGCUGAGGAAGCUGCAGGUAACCGUAGGUGGCAGGGGAACAAGGGGAAGAAGUCUUGGGGAAGCAGGAAGCAGAACUCUGUGCCUAAUGCUCACGUGCGUUCUGAAAUCAAGGACUUAGAACAGGUUCGGAAGGAUCGACAGAAAAAGGCCGACAGAAUCUCGUAUAUGAAGAGCAAGUCUUCUAAGGGUAACAAAUUUGGUAAAAGUGGAAAAGGUGGAAAAGGUGGAAAAGGUGGACAAAGAGGAAAGGGAAAGAGGUAA